UUCGCCAGCCGUAGUUCGUUCGCUGUAAUCGUGUGCUGGAGGGAGCUCGUAGUAAUUUAGAAAUUUAACAGAUUCUUCAAUUUUCAUUUGCGUCAAACUUGUGUCACAACGUAACUUCAAGUGCGGCGGUCUGGAACGAAACGUAAAUUAGUAAAAUAAAAAAACAACGACAGCACGAGCAGCGACAGAAUGGCUAAGGCACCGGGCAUCGGCAUUGACCUUGGAACGACCUACUCGUGCGUGGGCGUAUUCCAGCACGGCAAGGUGGAGAUCAUCGCCAACGAUCAGGGAAAUCGGACGACGCCCAGCUACGUCGCGUUCACCGACACCGAGCGAUUGAUCGGCGACGCCGCCAAGAACCAGGUGGCGCUCAACCCCAACAACACCGUGUUCGAUGCGAAGCGUCUCAUCGGCCGGCGAUUCGACGACCCGACCGUGCAGAUGGACAUGAAGAUGUGGCCUUUCCAGGUGGUGAGCGACGCGGGAAAGCCGCGGGUGCGUGUCGAUUACAAGGGCGAGACGAAGACGUUCUAUGCCGAGGAGAUCUCCUCGAUGGUUCUGACGAAGAUGCGCGAGACCGCCGAGGCCUUCCUCGGCAAGAGCGUGACGGAUGCUGUCGUCACGGUGCCGGCGUACUUCAAUGACUCGCAGCGGCAGGCAACGAAAGAUGCAGGGGUCAUCGCCGGACUCAACGUCCUCCGCAUCAUCAACGAGCCGACGGCCGCCGCCAUCGCCUACGGUCUCGACAAGAAGGUGAGACAAGGCGAGAAGAACGUUCUUAUCUUUGAUCUCGGCGGCGGAACUUUCGACGUCUCCAUCCUGUCUAUCGAGGAGGGCAUCUUUGAAGUCAAGUCGACUGCUGGAGACACUCACUUAGGAGGUGAGGACUUUGACAACCGCAUGGUCGCUCACUUCAUGCAGGAAUUCAAGCGCAAACACAAGAAGGACAUGUCGGCAAACAAGAGAGCAGUCCGUCGACUUCGCACGGCGUGCGAGCGUGCCAAGCGCACUCUGUCGUCCAGCACCCAGGCCAGCAUUGAGAUCGACUCGCUGUUUGACGGAGUCGACUUCUACACGUCGGUGACGCGAGCGCGCUUCGAGGAACUCAACGCCGACCUGUUCCGCGGCACGCUGGAGCCCGUCGAGAAAGCUCUACGUGAUGCCAAGUUCGACAAGGGGCAGGUGGACGAACUCGUGCUGGUAGGCGGCAGCACCCGCAUCCCGAAGAUACAGAAGCUGCUGCAGGACUUCUUCAAUGGCAAGGAGCUGAACAAGAGCAUCAACCCGGACGAGGCGGUGGCAUACGGCGCGUCCGUGCAGGCGGCCAUCUUGUCCGGCGACAAGUCUGAAGCCGUGCAGGACCUGCUGCUGCUCGACGUGACGCCGUUGUCGCUCGGCAUCGAGACCGCCGGCGGGGUCAUGACCUCGCUGAUCAAGCGCAACACGACGAUACCUACAAAGCAGACGCAGAUCUUCACGACGUACUCAGACAACCAACCCGGCGUGCUGAUCCAGGUGUACGAGGGCGAGCGAGCGAUGACGCGCGACAACGUGAGUUGUUUGUCAACGCCCCUUGCGUCAGGUCGGCUAAGCAAGGAUGACAUUGAGCGGAUGGUGAACGACGCAGAGAAGUACAAGGCCGAGGACGAUAAUCAGCGAGAGAUGAUCACCGCGAAGAACGCUCUCGAAAGUUACUGCUUCAGCAUGAAACAGACGGUGCAGGAUGAGAAGCUGAAGGAUAAGAUAUCCGAGGAGGACAGAAAGACCAUCUGUGACAACUGUGAUGAGACCAUCAAGUGGCUUGACUCCAACCAGCUCGGCCUAGAAAAGGACCGAGUCGAACCACAAGCCAGACAGGAACUAGAAGAAGCUCUGCCAACUCGAUCAUCACCCAAGUCUCUACCAGAGCACGGGCGGGCAGUGCCUGGAGAAUGCCGCGAGGAAUGCCCGGGGCAGGGGGCGGGGCGCGCGGAAGCGGCCCCGGGAGCCGGGUACCGAGCGGCGGCGAUGGCGCGCGCUGUCGGCGGACCAACCAUCGAGGAGGUGGACUAA